CUUUGACCAAUGAGAUUACUAGUUCUCCUCAUAUUAGCAGCAGCUCACGUCUCUGAAUGUGACAUGGCGUCUGAGAAGGAAGUUUACUGCUAAAUAGACGUUCAUGUUGUUUUUAUGACGUUGUCUGGACCAGAAGGCUACAGUAGGAGCCACGCACAUUUUCUAGACACUUGCAUUGAUGGUAAUGCAUGCAAGGAAACCUCAGAGGAUUACUGAUGGGUACUUCGAAAAGCAUCAAGCCCAUCCGUAUCAGAAUUCCAAAUAUAGCAGUUCUAAAGGGAACUAUGAUGGAAGGUACAAUCAUGAAAGAAUGCGUGAUUCACCAAAUGGUAACUCCUAUCGGUCUGACAGCCCUGAUUCACAAAGUCCUAGAGACAGAAGCUAUCAGACAAAGAAUUCGUAUAUUCAGAAACUUCGUGAAAAGGAGAGAGAAAAUAGAGACUACAAGUCAAGAGACAAAUAUUCGGACUGUGCCAGAUCUCCUAAAGAUAAACGCAGCCGUGAGAGCAGGGAUUCAGAACACAGAACCAAUCAUGACAGGAGUUCCUCCGAGGUUAUUCUUCAUCCAAUAAAAGUGCAGUCACAAAAUGCAUCUGCACGGGAGUCUUCCCAGCGUAAACCUUUACACAACUCCUGCCAAGACAAACGUGAAGAACGUGAACGUGUGGUAAGAGUAGGUGAUUGGUCAGAGCACAUCAGUUCAUCAGGUAAAAAAUACUACUACAACUGCAAAACAGAAGUAUCCCAGUGGGAGAAACCUCGAGAGUGGCUGGAGCGUGAGAGGGACCGUGACCGAGACAGAGGGCGUGACAAAGGUCCAAGAGAAUUGGAUCGUGGUGGAGGUGGCAGUAGCAGUAGCUACAGUAGCAGCAGUGGUAGUAGUCGAACAGUUCAUGAUAAACAUUCCAACUCACGCUCAUCGCUUAGCAGUUCUCGAGAUGGGCUUUCGAAGUCCAUGCUUCCUGCAGCAACAUCGCGGCAGCUUGAAAAACGAGAAGCAUAUUGGGCUGGACAGUCGGGAAGUUCACGAGAUACUGAAGGUGAAAGUCAUGAACGACGGAAGCAUUUGGAUGGUGAAUCGCAGGCUCAGGACAUGGAUAUAUCACCUGGUGAUAGCACUCCAACAUCUGAAACCUCAUAUAUUCACACACCAACUGGAAACAGCAGUUGUUCCCAGCAACAACAGCAAUCGCUCCCAGUCUCAUCAAGUGAGACUGGGCCUGUGCUUCUUGCAAAUGCAUUGCCUCGUCUUGCAUCACAUCCUCACCUUAUGACAUCGCCAGCUUCAGCUGGUGGUCGAAGUACAUACCAGCAACCCCAAACCUCACAAGCACAAUCUGUGGGGAAAGGCAGCCAUACAUCAUCCGGAUCCACACGAACAACCUCUCCUGGACCACAGCCACAGCAGCAGCCUCAGACAUCACAGGCUUCACCAGUCGGCAGUGCAACUCCCACAAUGGUUCCACAGGCACAGGCUAAUGCACCAGGACCACCUGUGACUUUGGCAAGCUUACCAAGGCUACUUUCACAAAUUACUGGAGCCAAAGGGCUGCAAAGUAUGGAACAAGCUGAGGCUCUACAGACAAUCCAAACAGCAUUGUUAUUAUCACGGCAAGCUUUGGAUACUACUGGACAAAACAACCAACAACAUACACCGACUUCAACCCAGAUGCCAUUAGCUCCUCUUAAAGUUGAUACAAGUGGCGAAAGUGGGGUAACUCUUGGAGAAGGCCCUCCGACACCUACUCAUUCAGAAAGUCAAGACUGUGUGGAUGCUCGAAAAUGUCUUAGCAAUGUCUCCUUGAAUCGUAGAGUAGCGAGUCCUCCAAGCAGUUUAAGCUCUCUGCAGACUCUUGCCCAAGCUGGAGUUGGGAGCUGCAGUUCACUCCAUGCCCUGCGUCCUCAGGGCCCACAUCUUACUCCUAGUUUAGCCAACCAUUAUAGAGAUGACCUUGUUAAUCAUGUUCGUGGUUGGCCUGCUGAAGCUCUUGAGAAACAAGCCCAAAAACUUGGUGAAGAAGGCCACACAAUGGGGAGUUUGCAGUGCACUCGUGUCUCCGCUGAGUUGAAGACUGCUCGUUCAACAGUACGACUCACAGAGAUCCAGGCUACUCUGCAGGAGCAAAGGAUAUUGUUUCUACGUCAACAAAUUGAAACACUGGAACAACUCAAAUCUCAGAAUUCUUUUAUGUCUGAUGACUCAUAGUGUUCAAAGUUCUUUAAAUAAAUUACAAGGGGCAAAAGGCCAUUGAUGGCCAGCAGGACAGCCAGAGAUGCUUGGUGUCAAACAGCAAGAGAGAAUUUUAGUUGUGAUGGGAGUGGUGACAGUUCACUGUGCCCAAAGACUGCUUAGUUGUUCAUUGUCUGCAAGGUGGUAUUGUCAGAAACUACCUGCAGUGGGUGUCAGUCUUGCUCUUAAUGUGUUUAUUGUACUGGCAGAUGGGAAGGGUCAUCAUUUUAAUAGUUUGGUUUUUUGUAAAGGAACAUAUGGCCUUAGUAGGGGCAGGCUUUACUUGUGUAUGUAGAAUGUGGUCCUUUUACCUCAAGAUAGGCCAUUUUCCUUUACAAAAAUAAAAUUUGUUCUCCAGUGAAGGAAAUUAAUUUAUAGUUUGGAAGGGAUGGGAAGAAACUGGAUAUUGAAAGUGAAUAACCCUACAGCACUAAUGCUAAGGUAUGAGAGAAAAGGAGUGUAAAACUAGCUCCAAGCUGAUGCAAAGAUUGUAAAUUAUUACUUCAUAAUGCACAUUGAGUGGUUUAAUUUCCAGUGCUGUUUCAUGUGUGUGACCGCUUGCGAUGAUGGCUGUCAGCCAGAUGACCUCAUGAUUCAGAUAGCUUUUUGUACAUAAUUAAUAUUAAGAAUAAGUAUAAAUGUAUGGACUUCUCAGGUCCCUCAGCUGAAUCCUGUCUCCUCCACGUGUUGGCCUGAUCAGUGAAAAAUAUUUUGAUACCUGCAUUUGUGUUACACCAGACUGAAAAUAAAAAUUAAAAAAAAAUUAUUGGAAGCAGUAUCUGUACUCUGAACUGCCCAUGUGCAUGGGCCACGUUUAUUUCAUGCAAAUAUAUAGGUAUAUAUGUAUGUAUUCUUUUAUGUUUUAAAUAAUUAGUCUUGAGAAGUCCAUAGCUCUUCAGUUAGAAUAACGUAAAAGUAUUGUUGACGAAUAAUAAAAUGAAAUAAUGUGGAAGUAUGUUUGGAUCUGCUUUAUCGCCUCAAUGAGAUCAUUUCUUCCAAAUUCUGAGCCACCAAAAAAAAAAUAAUAAAUUAAAAAAAAUACAACAGCAACAACAAAAAAACCUUUUGUUUAUCCUGUACAGAGCUAAUAUUUCAAUUAAGUCUGUAUUUUAAAAAUAUUUUAAUUAUUUUUGAGUCAUAAGUGCACUGUUUUAUUAGCCCCCUUGUUUUGAGUGCACAAGAAUCGUAAUGAGUGAAUGUGAGAGAUUCAUAAUGUCUUCUAUGUUAAUCUGAGGCAAUUUCAAACAUGUAUGUCAUAGCCUGUGUAUUUAUGAAGCCCAACUUUCAAUAGCUGUAGGUUGUGUGUAAGGUUUGUGUGUUCAGAGCAAGGGGUAGCAAAAUAUUAAUCAUAAUUAUAAAAGAAAAAAAUCACAGACUUUCACUUUGUCGUGUUGCAUCUUCUUAUGCGAUUGCAACAGACCAGUUUUCGUAGGAUGCAUUUUUCAAUGUUGCAUUUCUUAUGUUGUUCAGUAUAGAGUUUAAAAAUUCAGAGUAAUACAUGGAGUCAAGAAAAACAUAUUCUAGUUUUUAUUUCUUCAAAUUCAAUUAGUUGAUGCUCUCUAGAUCGUUUGCCCCAUACAGAAAGAUGGUUUUAUUUUCUAAACCUCGCCUUGUAGAUAAAUCCCCAAUUCUUGAUUUUGUAUUCUCUCUCUCUCUCUCUCUUUCUUUCUUUCUU